AUGGAGUUUGCCAUUUUUUUGGUGUUGUCUUUGCUAGUUUUGGAGUCUGCCGUUUUCACAGUUUCUGCUGAACAGAAUAUUCCAAGAAGACAAGUUGAUGCUAACUAUCUCGACCCAUGCAAAGCAGAAGCAUAUUCCGGCGACAUAGCAUUGACACACAAUCAAUUUAGAACAACGAAGAAAAUGAUCUUAAAACAAACUGCAAAUGAUUCUUUCUUCGAACUGCCAGUAAACAGUGAUGGUAUUGCAAAGAGAGACACCUUGAACAAUUUUAAAGAUUUCGACGAUUUCAACAACGCUAGCUUUUAUCUGGAUAAAGAUUUUAAAAAUCAAUUAUUAUCUUUGAAUCAGCCAUGUAAAGGAAUCGACAUAAUGCAGUGUCGCUUAAAUAAAAUGAAGCAAAGGAAAGACCUAUUAGAUACUAGAAUAAAGUUGAUGAGACUGAAGGGGAAAAUUAGAAACCAUAAUAGACGAGCCAAAGAAGAACUAGUUGAAAAGCCCUCGUUUCGUAGUGGUGUUUAUAAAAACAGUGAACAAUUUAAGCGCCAUAACCCGUCCACACAGCAUUCAGUUCAUAAGCGAGGUGCUAUAGGCAACACAAACAAACUGUGGGAGUAUGGCGUGAUACCUUACGUCAUUGAUGAAACAUUUUCGAGCAAACACAAGGCUUUAUUUAAGUUGGCAAUGGAACUUUGGGAGCAAAAUACAUGUCUGGUUUUCAAAGUCAAGGAACCCGGAGACAAGGACUAUAUUAGGUUCACAGAGGAAGGCACGUGUGGUUGCUGCUCGUUUGUGGGAAGAGGAGGAGGUGGGCAAGGGGUUUCGUUAGGAAAGGGAUGUGAGAAAUUAGGAAUCGUUGCUCAUGAGUUGGGUCACGCUAUAGGUUUCCAUCAUGAACACAACAGGCCAGACAGGGACAAACACAUCCAGAUUAUUUACGAAAAUAUUGAAGAAAACGAAAAAUAUAAUUUCAAUAUACAGGAGGGCAUCAACUCCUUGGGCGAAGAGUAUGAUUACGAUAGUAUCAUGCAUUAUUCGCGCAGUAUAUUUGCAAGGAAGCCUAAUUUGUACACACUGAAUCCACAUAGAAAACCCGGCAUGAUUCUGCCUCCACAAAUCGGACAGCGGGUCAAACCAAGCGAAGGGGAUGUUAGACAAGUUGCUAAGAUGUAUGGCUGCCCACAGUGCGGAAAGACACUGCUAGAUCCUGCAGGCGGAUUUGUACAUACAGCUAAACCAGGCUCACCAGAAGUGUGUCAGUGGCGUAUAUCGUGUACACACGGAGAGAGGGUAGAAGUGAUAAUAAGUAAUCUCCAUCUGCCUGAGUCUAACAGUUGCGAAACGAGUUAUCUGGACGUCAGAGAUGGCCACUACUUUAAGUCACCUCUUUUAAAGAGAUUCUGUGGUAACCAUUCGCAUGAAAUACUAACUUCAUCUGGUAAUCAAAUGUGGAUUGAAUUUAAAAAAACUAAUUCAGACAGCGCGACAUUUUAUCUGGAUUAUGAGUGCAUUUGUGGAGGUGAGAUAAAUAAAGAUGAAGGCUAUCUUACUAGCCCCAACUACCCGGACGAUUAUCCUUCUGUGAAAGAUUGUGUCUGGAAUAUAACUGUCCCAGAACAUUUUGUUGUUGGAGUUACUUUUGAGAUGUUCGAUUUGGAAAGCCACCCAAGAUGCAGUCGGGACUAUGUGGAGCUCCGUGAUGGACCAACUGAGCAAGCUCCAUUACUAGGAAAUUUAUGUGGUUCGCAAAUGCCAAAACCUGUUAACAGUACAGGUCGGCAUUUGUACGCCAAGUUUGUGAGCAGUAAGUACGUGCAAAAGUCAGGAUUUCUACUACGCUUUGUGAAAGAACGCGAUGAAUGUGCAACUAAAGAGCACGGCUGUGAACACAACUGUGUAAACACAAUUGGUAGUUACUACUGUACAUGCAACUUUACCUUCCAGCUUCACUCAGAUGGUAAGCGGUGUGAACCAGCAUGUGGUGGCUACGUUGAAGAUACUUAUGGAAAUAUCACUUCUCCCUCUUUCCCUGAUAUCUACCCAGAUAACAGCAAAUGUAUUUGGAUAAUCAAAGCUCCCCCAGACCACACAAUUUACCUGAAUUUCACACACUUUGAUUUAGAAGGACAGGGCCUUGGCUGUACGUUUGACAAUCUAACUAUUACCGAAGAAUCCCAUGAAACAGCAGAUGUGUUCUGUGGGUACGUACUGCCAGAUUUGUAUGUGUCCAGUGGAAAUACUGUGACGAUUGAAUUUAAUUCUGAUGGAACGAUUCAGAACUCGGGAUUCUUUGUAAAAUUUGAAACAGAUACAGAUGAGUGUACGGUUGACAAUGCUGGCUGUCAACAUAUUUGUAAGAACACUAUUGGUAGCUACCAAUGUGAAUGUGAUAGCGGUUUCAUCUUAGACAGCGACAUGCAUAGCUGCAAAGAGGAACGAUGCCAUUCAGAUAUAGAAUCCGUUGAUGGCUUCUUUUACAGUCCUAACUACCCUGAUAGCUAUCUCGGAAGAGAAGAUUGUUCCUGGCUAAUAGUUACAGCUCCAGGGCAUCGAAUACACCUUGAGUUUAUCAUGUUGGACAUAGAAUACCACCAGUUAUGCUCUUAUGACCAUCUUGCAGUUUAUGAUGGUGAGAACAGCACUGCUCGUCUAAUAGGAAAGUUCUGUGGAACCACUCUUCCUGAGCCGAUAACGUCAAGCAGUAACAAGAUAUACGUUUCUUUUUUCUCCGAUGCUUCUGUACAAAGAAGUGGCUUUUUAAUCAAGCAUGAAGUGAAAUGUGGGGGAACCUUGCAAGCGUCAGAAACAGAACAAUUCUUUGUAUCUCAUCCGCGUUAUGGCGAGGAAGACUACGAUGUCAAACAGGACUGUGAGUGGUUAAUCGUGGCUCCAAAAUAUCGCUUGAUACGGCUGACAUUCACGGAGUUCGAGCUGGAGAGUGAAAUCAAUUGCUACUAUGACGUAGUGUUUGUCUAUGACGGUCAGUACGACACAGACCCAGUCGAGGGUAAAUUUUGUGGAAUUGAGAUCCCUGACAUCAUAACAUCCAGCUCUAACUACUUGCUGGUCCAGUUUCUCUCGGACUACAUCUCCAAUAGGAAAGGAUUCUCAGCCAGUUACAGGCUUUUGUGA